AUUGAGGUUCUCCUCCCUUCUGCAUUCGAGCUUCGACUAACCUAUACACAAGAGGCCUGGGACACGGUAGACGAGAUAUUGCUAUAUCGCAGUAGAUGCCCCCACGGGAAAAUUCACUUGCUGCAAAACGCCUGACAUGACCUCCGUUGUCCCGGUCUCCCCUUUACGCCUUCCCCCAUCUUUCAAUUUCGCCAGUGAUGUCGUCGACCACUGGGCCUGGAGGGAUCCCUCCCACGUAGCGCUCUACUGGACCGACCAAUCUCUCAGCACGACAAAACAAUUGACAUACAGCCAUUUCUCGCGCCAGUCGCAACGCAUAGCAUCUCUUUUUGCAUCACUCGGCAUCAAGCAGGGCGAAACAGCCAUCAUAAUCGCACCCCGAGUCCCAGAAUGGUGGGAGACCGCGACGGCCUGCCUCCGGUCGGGGGUCAUCUUGUGCCCGUGUACGACGCUGUUGGUGGACAAGGACAUCGAGUACCGACUUCAGGUCUCUCAUGCCACCGCGUUCAUCGGGGACGCCACAUCGGUUGCCAAAUGCCUCAAGGUCCGGAAAACCUGUCCCAAUUUGCGCACCAUCAUCCAGAUCGAUGGAACGGCGCCCUCGGGCGUCAUUGACUUUCAUUCGGCACUGGGCAAGAUCCCCGCCGACGCAAAAUUUCCCGUCCCGAGCUCGUUGAGCUCAAAGUCUCCGGGCAUGAUAUUCUUCACCUCCGGCACGACAGGCCCACCAAAGAUGGUUCUGCACACGCAGACAUCAUAUCCCUUGGCGCACGCCCUCACGGGGAUGCACUGGUUGGACCUGUCACCCGGCAAGAUAUACUGGAACCUCUCGGAACAAGGCUGGGCGAAAGCUGCGUGGUCGUGGCUGUCGACGUGGAACUGCGGCGCUACCAUCUUCAUCCACGACGACAGGCUGGCGUUCCACCCGCGCCGAACCCUCGAGGUACUCAACAAGUUCCCCAUCACGACUCUCUGCGCUCCACCGACGGUGUACCGCCAACUUGUCCUUGAUGAGAGCCGGCGCUUUUUCGCGACGGAACAAGGCACGCCAAAAGCGUUGCUCCACUGUUGUGGUGCGGGAGAGCCUCUGAAUGAGAGUGUGGUCCGCAUCUGGAAGGAGAUGACGGGCGGGAUCGAGAUCUUCGACGGUUACGGACAGACCGAGACGAUAGUCGUGUGCGCGAAUCAGAGAGUCAACAAGGUCAAGCCCGGCAGUAUGGGCAAGCCGCUCCCCGGCGUACCCCUGACCAUCAUCGACUCCGAAGGAGCUGCUGUACCCGCCGGAGCUGAGGGAGAUAUCGCCAUCUCGGUGUCCAAGACGAGGGCUGACACCGAUUUCUUUGGAUUUUUCGAGGGAUACAUUGACAAGUCCACCGGGGUUCUCGACACGAAAAUCAAGACCUACUCAAACGGCAAGAUGUUUUUCGUCACGGGCGACCGCGCGACGAGAGACGAAGAUGGAUAUUUCUGGUUCGUGGGCCGAGCUGAUGAUGUGAUUAACUCGAGUGGAUACCGGAUAGGCCCAUUCGAAGUCGAAUCGACCCUCAAAAUCCACCCCGCCGUGGUCGAAUCCGCGGUGGUCUCCUCGCCGGACCCGCAACGCGACGAAGUCGUCAAGGCCUUCGUCGUGCUCACCGAGUCGGCCGCCUCCAAGAUCAAAGCGUCCCGCGCGGCCAGCGACGCGCUGGUCAAAGAACUGCAGGACUUUUGCAAGCAGAACGCGGCGCCGUACAAAUAUCCCCGGCGCAUCGAGUUCGUCGACGCCGCCUUCCUGCCCAAGACCAUCUCCGGCAAGAUCAAGCGCGCCGAGCUGAAGGCGCUGGAGAGGAGGAGGUAUAAGGAGGCGCAGGGUGCCAAGUUGUAAGCGGAAACUUCAAGAAUCCCCAAAGAAGAAAACAGGACUGUGAUUCUGUAGCGAAACGGAAGCAGGACGGGAUGAAGGGGUGGAGCGGCGGUAAUUGUAGCACUGGUGGUGCGUGGGCGGGUGUCUGGAGAAAGUUGGACCUCUACGCGUAUUUACACCAGUAUUGAGAAUUGAAUGAAACAACAGUUUUCGACCGA